AUGACCGCGCAUCUCGCUUAUGUACACCGUCACCUCGCCGCUGCCAAAUCCAUGAAUCAGACCAGCAGCGAGAGCGACAGGCUCUGUCUCGCCUUCCCCGGAUCCCUGCGUCGCUGUGGUGACGGUACCAGCACCAGCACCGGCACCAGCACCGGCACAAUCAAGUAUGAAUACAUGUUUGAAAAGGACAAGAGUCCUACCAAGCAGCUCGACGCCAUACUGAGAGCCAUGGCCAGCUUUAUCGCUCACAACAUCGGCGACAAGCACGAUCCCCACCUGUGUCCGCAGAAGAUGGCGGCCUAUUACAAGGCCGUAGGUGGUGACUAUGACCACUUGUUCGUGCAGAGAGAUGACGCCUCGAUAUCGUGGAUGUGGCAAGCCACCGGCUGCCAACACAGCCUCCAGCCGACCCGUGACGCCUUCCAGCCGCCGAGCAUCCCGGCCCUGACCCCGCGCGGCUUCUCGCGCUGGCAGUCCCUCGAGAUCCUGCUCGGCCCUGACGAGCACGUCCCGUUCGUCCAGUACGCCGUCCAGAGAUGGGGCCUGCGAGACCCCGACACGGGCGAACCGUUCCCGCCUCACCUGCCCCGCGACGUGUUUCCGGCCGAGCCGGACGUCGAGAUCGACCGCUGGCACGAGGGCUGCGCAAGCAGGCUGUGGAAGGAUGCCGCCGCCGCCGGACCACCCGAGCCCGGCGGCGACAUCAGGCCCGAGAAAGACGCCGACACCCCGGGCGGCACCAGCCACGGCCACCCCAAACGAUACUCGUCCGACUCCGCCGACGACGCCCGGCCCGGCAGCCCGUCCCCGCACCUCAACGUCCGGCGCCGGCCUCACAGCCCGCCGCUGUCCUCCUCGUCAUCCGGCGGGAGGCGAUACGUCCCGGUCCCGCAGACUGCGCCGGUCACGAGCAGCGGCAACAGCAAAUCGAAGCGCCGCACCAACACCAGCCCCUUUGGCAGUCUGCGCAGCAAGGUGACCGAGACGGUGACGGGCCUCCUGUCCUCUUCGGGUGGGGGCAGCAUCCGCCGUUCCAGUAUGGACCAGCUCGCCAGGCGUGAGCGGGAGCGAGAGCGGGAGCGCGACCGUGAACGCGACCGUGACCGCGACCGUGACCGCGACCGUGACCGCGACCGCAACCGUCCCCCACGUAUGCAGCAGCGUCCUGCGCCCCCUUCCCUGCGCCACGCCUACGUCGACGUCGAUUCGGACGAGACGUCGGAUCAGGGAUCCAGCGACGACGGGACCGGUGCUUUCCGCAGAAGACAGAGCUCUCUGCGGGAUCCGAAGCGUUCCGGUGCCAGCCCCGCAGCUGCUGCCGGCGCCGGCGUCCCGCCCCCGUUCAGGGAGAGGGCGGUGCCGCGGUCAUACGACGCCGAAGAGCGGCUCGACGGCGACGGCGACGACGACGACGACGACGAGGUCGACGUGGAUAUGGGGGGCAUCGGCGCCUCGGAGCCGCAGAGGCACAGUUUUCAGGAGUAUAUCACGUCCAUCCAUCGUCCAAAGUAG